AUGACACAACCGAAACUCAAGAGCAGUAUCGCUAUCCUUGGCUGCGGUGAUGUCGGCUCCACACUGGCUUACACGCUCAUUAUGCAGCCCAUCUGCAGCGAGGUGAUCAUGGUAGACUUGAAGAAAGAGCUAUUAGAGGCACAAGUGAGAGAUCUGAGCGACUCGACUUACGGUGGUCGAUCAGGCGUGAAAGUUCGUGCUGGUACGCACAAGGAUGCUGGACAGGCUGACAUUGUUGUCAUCACGGCGGGUGCGAAACAGAAGCAUGGUGAAUCUCGGCUCUCACUCUUGAGUCGAAAUCUACACAUUUUAGAGUCAAUCUUUAGCUCGAUGGCGCCCAUCUCACCGCAUACAAUUCUGCUUCUUGUUGCCAAUCCAGUUGACAUCUUGACAUACUUUGCGCGGAAGCUGUCCGGACUGCCAGAGUCCCAGGUUCUAGGCACGGGGACGAGUCUCGACUCCGCUAGACUGAGAGGUAUACUCGCUGAGAAGGCAGAGGUAGCGCCGAGUAGUAUCGAUGCGUAUGUGCUUGGUGAACAUGGUGAUAGUCAGUUUAUUGUGUGGUCCUCCGCAACAAUCGGCACCACACCGCUUCACCUCGCCCUACCAGGUAAAUUAACACCCGAGUUCAAAGCCUCAAUCUCGGCACACACUCGCGGCGCAGCAGGUGCCAUCAUCGCUGCAAAAGGGUGCACAUCUUACGGCAUCGGUAACAUAGCUGCUAGCAUCUGCAAGUACAUCCUCUUCGAUUCACGAUCAGUCCGACCUAUAUCUUUCUACCAGCCGGAACUUGGGUGUUGUUUGUCGAUGCCGGCGGUGGUGGGGAGGAAAGGUAUCAUCAAAUCUAUGCCUGUCCUACUUGAUGAGACGGAGAGAGCGGAACUUGAGAAAUGCGCUAGUGGACUCAGGGGAGUUAUUGAGGGAGCAGAAAAAGAGUUGAGUGCCGACGAGCAGUUGCGAAAGGCGUUGGAGGUGGAUGAGGGAGUUUAG